AUGGCGGCCCAGCACAGUGAAGAUACGUCACGCAUGGUGCAAGGGAGGCGGCUCUACGGCUUGUCGCUACGGGCGAUGGAGCGGUCGCUGCUGAACAAGAAACAGCAGAAUUGGAGCAAGAUUCUGGUGGCUUCCGGACUGUUGGCAAGUUAUGAGUUACUGCUCAAUGCCGGUGAAAUUUCUAUUCUUGUUGCUGGUGGGCCCGAAAGCUUCGUUGAAGGGCACGCACACAAGUUAUUUGUCGAUUACCGCCUUCAUCUGAUAUACCCCUACAUCCAGAAUCAUAAGCGCUGUCCCUUGAGCACCCUCGAGUGGAAGACUAUUCCAUGGUCAAACCAUCCCAAAGGGCCGAAAGACAAGCUGAUAGAUAUUCUCAUUGAGAUUCCAGGGAUACUGGAAGAUAUGGGUGCUCUUGAGACUUUAUCUACUCAGCCAGAGAAACGGCACUUCUUGGGUCAGGGUCUUGAAGAAAGGGGGUUUGUCGAGGCAUAUGCUCCGGCGCUGGAACAAUUUGGCAUUCAUCAAGACGAGUUUAUCAGCUUCGUCAGGGCAACCAACAGAGCUGUUCGGGCAUCUAAAUGGCUUAGCGCAAUUCAGCUCGCAGCCGCCGGCGCACCGUUUGUACCCAAUCACAUCGCCUUAGGGGCAUCGGUGGCGGUCCAGGUAAUAGCCAGCGUAAUGGCUAAGGCGGAGACGAGGUGGAAAACGAACUCAUUCCUAGAUCGGGUCAACGAGGAAUACUUUCGGCCCCGAGGUCUCUACUGCCUGCUGAUGGCGUACACACCUAUCAAAUUGGGUGCUAACGCGCAUUUUGACGUUGGCGAAGCUAUACCCAGGGAACAGCCCUUGCCCUCGACGUCCUUGUUGCUGAAGGAGCAGACGGGCACGGUCGAAGGAGAAGAGAGCCUUCCGUCCAAUGUUGCCCCUUUGGUCUACCCCACAAAAUUCAUUGCGGUUCAAGAGGAUCCCAAGUCGACAAAGUCCCGAAACACAGUAGAACGAGUAACCGAGUACCUCGAUGAUCGAGCGCAAGCUCGAUACGCCAAGGAAAGCAAAGGAGACGUCCUCUCGCAACCAUCCCCGCCAUCGUUCAAGCAUUGGCUCCUAGACCCAAACCAUCCGGCGACCAAUGGCGGUCUGCUUGGCUUGAUUUCGGGAGGCUACCUGACGCCCAAUGCCGACAAGGCCAAGCAGCGUAUGCAGUCAUCGCUUGAUGCCCAGACCCAGGCGAUUCAAAAACAGCAAGAGGCCAUGAUGAAUAGCUUGCAUCAGCAGCUAACGCUAAUGAACCUCCCUCCAGAACAGGAACGGGCAUACAUACAGCAGUACAAGGAUGCCUUUCAACUUCAGGAGCAGCAGCUGGCCCAGCAGACAAAACUGCUAAACAGUGGAGCAGGCCAUGGGCGCCGCAUAUGGACGUUGUCAUAUCUGAUGAUUGUUGAAAUACCAUCCGAUGAACAGAUUGCAACGGCCUGUGAAAGUCUCAAAGCCUCGGACGGCAGACAGUUCGGCCCUGAACUUACAAUGCAGGCUGUGGAAAUAGGUUGA